GCCGGCUCUGUUGAUAGAGAUGCCUUUGUAGCACCCAGCGCUUCCGUCAUCGGCGAUGUUCAUGUCAGACGGGGUUCUUCUAUCUGGUAUGGAUGUGUUUUUAGAGGUGAUGUCAAUAGCAUCAGUAUUGGGCAUGGAACAAAUAUCCAAGAUAACUCCCUUGUUCAUGUUGCAAAACCUAACUUAAGUGGGAAGGUUUUACCAACUAUUAUUGGAAGUAAUGUUACUGUUGGUCAUAGUGCUGUUUUACACGGAUGUACUGUUGAGGAUGAAGCAUUUGUUGGUAUGGGGGCUACCCUAUUAGAUGGUGUUUAUGUUGAGAAGCAUGCCAUGGUUGCUGCCGGUGCUCUUGUGAGGCAGAACACUAGGAUCCCAUGUGGAGAGGUUUGGGGAGGUAACCCAGCCAAGUUCCUAAGAAAGCUAACAGAAGAAGAGAUGGCAUUCAUUUCCCAGUCAGCCCUAAAUUAUACCAAUUUGGCACAAGUUCAUGCAGCUGAAAAUGAAAAGGGCUUUGAUGAAAUCGAGUUAGAGACGAUGCUCCGCAAGAAAUUUGCGCGCCGUGACGAGGAAUAUGAUUCGAUGCUUGGGGUUGUUCGUGAGACACCUCCUGAGCUUAUCCUUCCCGAUAACAUUAUGCCUGAUAAAGUGCCGAAAACUGCUUAGGAGAUUCUAAAUCAUUCCUUCUUGUUA